UCUGGAAAACUCACACUGUUUUUGCUCUACUCUCACACCACAAGAAUCAUCAGCACAGAGGAAGACUUCUGUGACCAAAUGUGGCGGGAGAGGGAGUUUGUCACCAGCAUGUGAGCAGUCAGCUCUGCAGCAGACUCGGCUGGGUGUCCUUCAGUUCAGUUCCACCAUCGCCUGCCUGGAGAGAGGUCAGACCACAGGGUGAGGGCUCAGUCCCCAAGAUGCAACCACCCAACGGGUUCACCCCGCCCGCUGCCUAGGCAGAGCUGAUUCACCGAGACGGGAAUUAGGAUCGAGAAAGACGGCCACCAUGCUGCCACUGGACUCAGAGCCGGCCCUGAAUGAGCUGCUGCUUCGCAAGGAGGAGGAGUGGAGGGCGUUGCAGGCCCACCGCAGCCAGCUGCAGGAGGCGGCUCUGCAGGACACACGGAGCCAGCUGGAGGAGGCGCAGGGGAAACUGCGGUGCCUGCAGGAGGACUUUGUCUACAACCUUCAGGUGCUGGAGGAGCGGGACCUCGAGCUGGAGCGUUAUGAAGCUGCCUUCGCCCGGGCCAGGGAGUGGGAGGAGGCCAGGCGGGCAGAGGUGAGCGAGCUCAAGAUAGAGGCGGCUAAGCUGAGGCAGGCGCUAGCCAGAGAGGCCAGGAAGGUGGAGGAGCUGCAGCAGCAGCAGCAGCUGGUGUGGCAGGAGCAUCGCCUGGAGCUGGAGCGCGUCCACAGUGACAAGAAUGGUGAGAUCGACCACCACCGGGAACAAUAUGAAAAUCUAAAAUGCAGGCUGGAGAGAAAACUUGAGGAGGUCGAUGGUGAGCUUGCUCUGCAGAGACAGGAACUGCUGCUGGAGUUUGAAUUGAAAAUGCAGAAGAGGGAGCACGAAUUCCGUCUGCAGACUGACAACAUGAGCAACACAGCCUUGUCCCAGGAGCUCAAGGUUAAACUACUGCACAAAGAGCUGGAGGCUCUGAAGGAAGCCGGGGCAAAGGCUGCAGAGAGUCUGCAGAGGGCAGAGGCCACCAACGCCGAGCUGGAGAGGAAGCUCCAGAGUCGAGCCGCGGAGCUCCGGGACCUGGAGGCCAUGAACUGCGCCCGGGUAAAGGACUUAGAGGAUAAACUUCACUCUGUGCAGCUAACCAGGAAGAAGGAAGAGGAAACAUUUAAGAGGAAGCAUGAGGAGCUCGACCGUCUGGCCAGGGAGAAGGACGCGGUGCUGGUGGCGGUGAAGGGAGCUCACGUGGAGCAGCUGCGGGAGCUGCAGGCCCACUGCGAGACCCUCGAGGCACAGCUCCGCAGGGCAGAGUGGAGGCAGGCCGACACGGCCAAGGAGAAGGAUGCUGCCAUUGACCGACUUCGUGAAGAUGCGUCAACUGUGAAAUCUGCCUGGGAUGCUCAGAUUGCUCAACUGUCUAAGGAGAUGGUCUCCAAAGACCUUCAGAUUCAGACGCUGCAGGAAGAAGAGGUGAAGCUCAGGGCACAGGUGGCCCGAUCCCAGCAGGACAUUGAAAGGUACAAGCAACAGCUGUCCCUGGCGGUGGAAAGGGAGCGGAGCCUGGAGCGUGAUCAGGUGCAGCUGGGCCUGGACUGGCAGCGCCGCUGUGACGACAUUGAAAGGGACCAGAUCCAAAAGUCAGAGGCCCUGAUUCAGGGUCUGACCACGGCAAAAAGUCAGGUUGCUGCCAAGCUGCAGGAGACAGAGAGGGCGCUACGGGAGCAGGAGGUGGUGCUGAAGGCCGUGACCCUGGAACGAGACCAGGCCGUGCAGGCCCUGAGGAUGCAUGGGCUCCCCGGACCAGGGGCGCAGAUGCUCCUCGGGCAGCAUGAAGAAGAAAUAAGUAAAGACUUUCCAUCCAGUGAGAUCCAGCAGCUCCGAGAGCAGAACACGAGCUUGCGAAGCGCGAUCGCCCAGAUGAGGAAAGAAAUGGAGGCUCUGAGCCAUCAGAUUCCUCCUCCCGCCCAGACAGCGGCAGAGAGCACAGAUGCAAACCAGCCUGACCCAAAGGCUGGGGGAGACACCGCCACUCCUGAUUAUGUUCUGGCCCUUGAAGCAGAAAUACGAACUCUAAAGCAUAAGUUUAAAACUCUGGAAGAGCAUCUAGAAGAUGUGCUGGAUCCUUUAAAGAUGUCCUCACCUCGUGCUGAGUCUCAGCCCAGCGUCCGCACCUCGACAGACACGACUGGUAAGACACUUUGGGAGGCUGAGGCGGGUGGAUCGCUUGAGGCCAGGAAGGCAGGAGGGUCUGUCCAAGCUGGCCCAGUGUCCUCCGGACUGGCACUCAGGAAGCUCGGGGACAGAGUGCAGCUCCUAAACCUGCUGGUGACACGACUCAGACAGAAGGUGCUGCGGGAACCCCUGGAGCCGGCCGCUUUCCAGCGUGAGCUUCCCCGUGAGGUGGACCAGGUACACCUGGAGGUUUUGGAGCUGCGGAAACAGGUGGCUGAGCUGGGGAAGCAUCUCAGGAUAGCCCACCACGGGGGAGCAGAGCCUUCAGUCCAGAAGCAGCCCCCAGCCUCGGACGCCGUGACCCUAGGGAGAGAGGACGCCAAGAGUGCCGAGGAGGAGUGUCCUUCUGGACCCUUGGGAAAGCACCGGCCCCGCCCAGCACAGGUGGGCAGCAGAUUUGAUGCCCUGCGAGGCCCGAAGACACAACGCAGCAUCCACACGGUGACCUGUAAAUCACCUCGGCAGAAAGAAGGCAGGUCCCCAAAGCCACCCCAGGCUCCCAAGCGCCCUGAGGAGCAUGGCCGCCAAUCCCACAGCUCCUCCUCCCUUGCCAGUGGCGCCCUCCAGGACACUUGGAGGUUGCUAGACCUGGGAUCCAGCCCUUCUGGCCUCACCUCCCAGGGUGACUCAACUCCAGAGCUCCCGGCUCCUCCAGCAGUCGAUAGGAGCCCCGUCAAGAUGCAGGCAGGCAUUGCCACCCCAGGGAUGAAGACGGCAGCCCAGGCAAAGGCCAAGCCCACAGGAGCCUCCCGGUCUCAUCCCGCAAAAGUUAAAGGCUGCCAGAGGCCCCCCAAGAUCCGUAACUAUAACAUUAAGGACUGACUUCCUCCCCCCGCCCCGCCCCGCCCCACCCCCCUCGGGGCUUCCGCAUGGUGCCUGCGCUUUCACCUCCGUGGUGGGGGGGUGUGGGCGCAGCGUGCAGGGUGGAAGCAGGGAGCUGCAGGACAGGCUCCCAAGUGCUGAGGCGACCCUGCUGACCGAAGGCCUCCCUGAGCGCCAGGCCCAUUAAAACCAGGUUCUUCCCUGGGGCGUCUGCUUGGCC